AAAAAAAAAAAGCCCAUCCAAACCCGCACAAAACACAAUCACUACCUCAGCUCAGCUAGUAUAGAGAAAAUCCAUGGCUUCUCUCCUCUCCUCAGCUGCAACAUCUCUGCUCCAGAAACACCCAUUGCCAUGCCUUCUCUCUCCAAAACUCACCUUCCCAAUCUACUCCUCACCGCCUCAGAACCCCCUACUCAGAAACUCAAUAAGGUGUAAUGCCCUUUUGGGGAACACCCCAGAAGAUCUGCUCAAGAACACUCUCCAUUUGGAUGAAUCCACAGCUCUGUUUCCGUUUCUGCGAUCUGGGUUAUUGCAAUUCCAGAGAAUUACAGCUGAAUUGCCACAGGUUGAGAGAUGGGAGAUUGUGGUUUUUGUUGGGCUGAGCUGGAUAUACCUAACGGCGAGGCCUGGUGUGCUGAUGGGUGCGAUCGAUGCGUAUGUUCUCGCGCCUCUGCAGCUCGGUGUUGAUAGCUUGUUGGGGCGACGGAGCUUGAAGCGGACGGAUUUUGUGGUGGGGGAGAGAUUGGGAGAAGGGUCCUUUGGGGUAGUUUAUGCGGGCGCCAUCGUGCCACGGAAUGUGAGUGUUGAGGAGAGGGUCGAUGAGAGGAGGGGAAUGGGUUUGAAGAUGGAUGGAAGGUUCAAGGAAAAGGUCAUUUUGAAGAAGGUAAAGGUUGGAAUUAAAGGGGCGGAAGAAUGCGGCGACUUUGAGGAGUGGUUUAACUACAGGCUUUCAAGAGCAGCUCCCGAGACAUGCGCUGAGUUCCUUGGAAGCUUCAUCGCUGACAAGACAAACUCGCAAUUCACUAAGGGAGGGAAAUGGCUUGUAUGGAAAUUUGAGGGAGACCGAGACCUGGCCGACUACAUGAAAGAUCGCAGCUUCCCUUUCAACUUAGAGUCUGUUAUGUUCGGGCAGGUCAUACAAGGACUAGACUCGAUCGAAAGGAAUGCACUGAUCAUCAAGCAAAUCAUGCGGCAGAUCAUUACAUCUCUCAAGAAGAUCCAUGACACGGGCAUUGUCCAUCGGGACAUAAAACCGGCCAACUUGGUUGUGACAAGGAAGGGACGGAUCAAGCUCAUCGAUUUUGGGGCAGCAACAGAUCUCCGUAUUGGCAAGAACUAUGUACCCAACCGUGGUCUACUUGACCCAGACUACUGUCCGCCUGAAUUAUACGUUCUUCCGGAGGAGACACCAAACCCUCCACCAGAACCGAUUGCAGCUAUCCUUUCUCCGAUCCUUUGGCAGCUUAAUAGUCCUGAUCUGUUUGAUAUGUAUUCUGCCGGAAUUAUACUCAUGCAAAUGGCAGUUCCGACAUUGAGGUCUUCAGCAGGUCUGAAGAAUUUCAAUUCAGAAAUAAAGAGCGUCGGAUACGACUUAAAGAAAUGGAGGGAGUACACACGGAAAACGCCGGACUUACGUAUACUUGAUCUCGACUCUGGUAGAGGGUGGGAUUUGGCCAACAAGCUUAUUUCUGAGAGAGGAUUUCAGAGACGAGGGCGGUUGUCAGCCGCUGCAGCUCUCAGGCAUCCGUAUUUCUUAUUGGGCGGUGACCAGGCAGCUGCUGUUCUUUCGAAACUAAGCUUGACCCAGUGAAUUUUGAGAUAGAUGGAAAAAAGAAUCACCCCAACAGUUCACAUUUAUCAGAAAAUAGUCCUAACUUCUGAAGUUUAGCAGUCUCCAACCUAGAGAUUUUUUUGCAUCCUACAGUCAUAGUGGGGUCAUCAGAUCAAUGGUCUAAAUCACCAAACCAUGGACCCCACAUGCAUGGAUUCCCACACCUCAGUAACUAUAAAUCUGCUAUGAUCAUAACCCUUGGAGAUGGUUAUCAAGAUCGUGUAUUUAGGUUGGAAGUUCUUCUCUUAUUUAAUAUACGAAUUCACUGAAAUCGUGGCCUUUGAUGCAGUAACAGCAAAGCGAGGCGCACCAUUGCAGGGACGGGCAAUUCUAAUAC